UCAAAAAAUAUACGGAAUCCAUAACCCUAUUUCGAAUGCUAAAAGUAUGAUAAACAUGUUUCAAGUCUUAUUCGUCUAAUUAUACGACAAUUAAAAUGUUGAGUAGAAGGUUUAUAUGUAACUUUACUCAUAGGAAUUUCAUUAGUAUUUAUAAAAAAUCUUUCCAAACGUUACAAUGUAAUGUAUCAAAUACGGUUGAUGGCAAACGAAACUUCUUAUUUCAAAAUCCAACUCCUAAUCCAUACACAGUCAAAAGGUUUAAAAAAAAGAAGCAUUCUGAAAAACAACAGCAGAACGAAGUCUUUGAAGAUGACGAGGAAGAUGAAACAGUUGAACCUCUUGAACCCUUUGAAAAAAUUGUAAGUAAAACUGUUCCUUCCAUGCGAUUAGAUGGGAUCAUUAAAGCCGGCUUAGGAAUGGCUCGCAACAAAGUUGAUUUAGCCUUUUACGAAAGUAAAGUUCGGGUCAAUGGGAAAAAAAUUCUAAAAAAAAGUACAGAGGUUCACGAAGGUGAUGAAAUUGAUAUAUUAGUUGGUAAAAGUCCAGAUAAUCCCGAUUUUCUUGUUGUUCAUCGAGUAAAAAUUGUAUCAUCAAAUUUCGCAGCAAGUGGAUGCAAAGUGAAUAUAAUUAGGGACAAAUCAUUGGUAAUUGCGGAAUACAAAGAUCGGUCGCGAGAAUAAAGGUCAGUGUUUUACUCUAAAAAAAUGCAAAUCAUGUAAAUAUCAAAAUGUAAUAAAAAAUCAUUUAUUAUAAAAAUACAAAUCUAUUUUUAAAUCUUCAACGUUCAAAGACUUGUCUUAGUCUUUUGAUAUUUCUUGUAAUAGUUGCACAGACUGAAAUGAAAAGAAAGCAUUACAUUUUAGUUACAUGUUCUAGAAAAAAAUGUAUAUAAUGAAACAUAAAGUAUAUAACUCACGUAUGAAACUGCAAGCACUCCUUUCGACGAUAACAUUUCCAGCUUACUGAUAACGUCUGAUACGUUAAAUGUCAGUUUAAUAACCUGCGAAUAAAACAGCGUUUAUAUUUUUAUAUC